AUGCCUGGCGUAGCUGGAGUCUCUGGCUCAUCCCUCAUUGGCGUCGCGAUCGCCUGCAGCGGGAACGUCCUGAUCAGUCUUGCUCUGACGAUACAAAAGCUUGCCCACAGGCGGAUCUCCGAGGCACACCACGGUCGCGCGGACGAUGAAGCCGACGAGGACGAGGACAUUGAGCGUGGUGCUGGGGACAUUGCGGGAGCAGGAGACGAAUCAAGGGGGCUCCUGAAGGCCUCCUCGGGACGCAGUGCCGCGUAUCCGAACGGCAAAGCGUCCGGUGCCUCCUCACGAAACUCCACGCCUACCGCUCUCGACUCGCCAGCCGAGUCCAGCGACGAUGAGAGCCCCGAAAGGCGGGAGGGGGUACAGGAGGGCGCGUACCUCAAGUCCAAGCUGUGGUGGAUCGGGCUAGCGAUGAUUUCGAUUGGAGAAGGGGGCAACUUUUUGAGCUACGCCUUUGCGCCUGCGAGUGUGGUAGCGCCUCUGGGUACUGUUGCUUUGGUCGCCAAUUGCAUCUUCGCCCCUAUCAUUCUCAAAGAACGAUUCCGGCCUCGAGAGCUCAUCGGGAUGGGCCUUGCCAUCCUCGGGGCCGUGACAGUCGUCUACGCAUCAAGCGAUACCAAUCCUCGCCUGGACCCCUCUGAACUAGUCAUCGCCAUCACCCAGCCCCCCUUCCUCAUCUACACAGGCAUCAACCUCCUUCUUUUGCUGAUGCUCAUGUACCUCUCCCGCUCGGCGGCGUGGGGCGGCCGGUUCGCCGCUGUCGACGUGGGCAUCUGUGCCAUCUUUGGCGGGUACACGGUAUUGAGCACCAAGGCGAUGGCGAGUCUGUUGUCGACGAUGUUUCUCCAGGCGUUCGAGUACCCGGUGACGUGGGGCCUGGUGGUGGUGUUGGUGGGGACGAGCUUGGCGCAGGUCAAGUAUCUGAACAAGGCGUUGAUGACGUUUCAAAGCAAGGAAGUCAUCCCCACCCAAUUCGUCUUCUUCUCGCUGGCAGCGAUCAUUGGCUCUGGAGUACUAUACCAGGAGUUCCGCGAUAUCCCUCUCACCCGCAUGAUCAACUUUAUCUUUGGCAUCGGAAUCACAUUCACCGGUGUCCAUCUCCUCACCUCAAUGCACUCCCCCGCUACCCCCUCCCCCUCUCCUCCACCAUCAUCCACCUCAUCCCCUCAAACAACCCCCACACCCCUGCCCCGGACCGAGCGCACCCCUCUCCUCAUCGCCCCAUCACCCCAUUCCGACGCAUACCACCACGCCCUCUCUCCCUCCAUCCGCGGUCGGGGAGUGCGCCUUCUCAAGCGGAACUCGACAGGCGAGAUCCAUACCCUGGGUAUCAACUCCCAAGCCGGGUUCCUGCUGCUGGGGUCUACGCCGCCCGCUACUGCGAUAGCAUCACGGAGAGAUCGGAGUAGUCAUCGAGCGGAAAGAGGGGAGGCGGGGAGUCUGUUGGGAAGGUCACCGGGUGUUGUUCAUAUGAAUACGAGGAGGGUGAGCGAUGUUGCGGAGGCGGCGGCGGUGGGCAGGAGAGUUAGCUCUUCUUGA